AUGACUCUCUUCAGCCACACACCCGCUAAGGCCGUGACUUUCCUCGUAGUCGUCAUCGCCUCUGCAGUGCUCCUUUCCGCCCCUGCGCGCGUCUCUGCCGCCGGGAAACCCGCCAACGCGACUGCGCCUGCCAACGCGACUAAGCCUGCCAACUCAACUGCUUAUGCUAAGGGGGUUGCUGCUGGCGCGAUUGGCUCUGCAAACGCAACCACGCGUGCCGUGGCGGCGACGGCGAGGCAGAGCAAGAGCUCGGGGCUAGGAAACGACUCCACCUGCGCCUAUUACGCAAACUACACCGCCAACCCCUACUUUGGCAAGGGGCUCACCGUGAAGCUUCCUCCCGCCAUCUUCGGCAAGCGCUGCGGCGCGUGCUACAAGGUGACUUGCGCCAACGACACGAAGCACUGCCGCAGCGGCAAGGCGACCGUGACGGUCCGCGUCAUUGGCGCGACGACCACGGAGAAGGAGAUUUCGCUUUCCCCCGUGUCGUGGUCCAAGAUCGUGCAGGGAUCCGUUGCCACCCCCGUCGGCAUCACGUACAAGCGCACCAACUGCCACUCGACCCUCGGAUCCGCGGUGCGCGUGCGCCGCAAUUCGACGGCAGAGGAUUUCAACAUUCAGAUGGUGGGUCUCGCCGGCCCCGGUACGCUCAAAGAGGUCGAGAUUAGCGCGGACGGCAAGAAGUGGGCGAAGCUGACGCGAGACGGCAGCAAGGCGAUCUGGGGGAUCAAGGGCAAGGAGGCGAAGGAGGUUGUGGGCGCGAAGAAGGCGGUGAGCGUUCGCCUGACUGCGGGACACACCCUCGAGAAGAUCACUCUCGACAAGGUCCUUCCCGCCGACUGGAAGCCGCAGACGCUGUACUCGAGCAAGACCAACUUCAAGAAGCUCAUGGCCGAGGCUAACGGGUGGGAGGGGGGUGGGACCAGAGAAUCGUGCGCUGCACCUGCUGCUGUCGCUCCUGCUUGUGCUGGUGCUCUCGCCUUUACCACUGCUAUCUGCACCCGGUUUGGUUACCUGGAGGGGAAGGCUGGCGCAGUCCCUCAUGGCUUGCAGGGCAGUGAGGCGGACGACAGGGAGAGCAGCGGCAGACUCGAAGGUGAGGGAGGAGGGCUUGCGCGCACUGAGGACAGUUUCCAGUAG